UAUAUUAUCGGUGCUAUAGCAUAGUUAGUACCAUUGUCGGUACAUUUUCAACACGAAACCCGAUCCGUCAUACCGGUCGUACGACGAUAGCUAUUUCAGGUUUUAUUUUUUAGUAUUAUUGUUCAGUUCGGCGUAGAAGACAGUUGUUUCAUCGCGGCUAUGAAAAAAAGGAAAGUGUUACCUUUAAAAUAAAUCACUAUGGUUUUCGAAUCACUUCUAAAUCAGGUCCUAAAUUCGGUAUUGGGGGAUUACAUCGAAAAUUUAGACACCAAACAGCUUAAUCUUGGCGUUUGGGGAGGCGAUGUUGUCUUGAAAAAUUUGAUAUUAAAGCAAUCUGCUUUAAAAGAUUUAGAUCUACCAAUUCAGACGGUUUAUGGUCAACUAGGAAAAUUAACAAUAAAAGUACCAUGGCACAAGAUAUACACUUUACCUACGGAAGUUACAGUUGAAGGUUUAUACAUAGUGGUAGAACCAAAUUCUCAGGUUGAAUACAAUGAAGAGAAAGAAAGCACGAAAUUGCAAAGAGAAAAACAAAAUCACUUGAAAAAAAUGGAUCUUGCUAAACAACGAGCUUUAGAAGCUAAUAAAGAUAAGGUAGAAAAAGCUGGUUUUGUUGAGAGACUCGUCACACAAAUUAUCAAAAAUUUACAAGUAAGGAUUAAAAACAUACAUGUUAGGUAUGAAGAUAAAAUUACAAAUCCUACAUCUCCUUUUGCAACUGGACUUACUUUGAGUCAAAUAUAUGUUCAAUCCACUGAUGAGAAAUUUAUGGCGACUGUUUCACCAAAUGAAAAGCUCUCUAGAAUUUUUAAGAUGCUUGAGGUUCAAGCAUUAUCAGUCUACUGGAACUGCAAUUCUGAACUUUAUAGAGAUCUAAAACCAGAGGCGUUAAUUAAACAGUUACAAAAUGAUAUUGCCACGAAAGAUAAUAUACCUGAACAGUAUACAUAUAUUCUAGGUCCAAUCCAUUCAGCUGCACGAUUAAAGUUAAAUCCACGACCAGAUUUAGAUGCAAAUCGUUUUGUAAUUCCAAAAGUUAUGGCAACUUGGGAAAUGGAACAGCUUGCAGUUGGAAUGAGUAAGCAACAAUACAGAGAUAUAAUUGGGUUAGCUGACAGUAUGGCAUUAAUGUCACGUGGUGAACCGUUCAGAAAAUUUAGACCACAUGUUCCUUAUAAAGGUCAUUAUAAAGAAUGGUGGCACUUUGCUUAUAAUUGUAUUUUAGAAUCUGAGGUGCGUCGGAAACAUAACAAUUUUAAUUGGGAUCAUAUUAAGAAACAUUUGCAUAUGUGUAAACAAUAUGGAAAAAUGUAUAAACUUAAAAUGCAAUCAAAAAAGUUAGCUCCUGAAGAUGAAAAUAAAAUUGAGAAAUUAGAAAAAGCCUUGGAUCUGAUGAAUAUCGUACUUGUUCGUCAAAAAAUUAACUUGGAAUUGGAAAAAUUGGAGCGAGAUAAACCACAAGCUGCAGGAGGUUGGUUUGGUUGGUUUGGUAAUCAAGAAGAAAAACCAGAUGCGUCUAAAAAUAUUGCUGCUCAAUUUCAAGAAGUGAUGACCCCCGAAGAAAAGCAACGAUUCUACAAAGCGAUUAAUUAUAACGAAAACGCAGCUGCAGCUGUACAACCGACGCAUUACAUCGAUGUUGUCCUUUCGUUUCUCUUAAGAAAGUUAGUUGUAAGAGUCUACAAUGAUAAGCACAACGUUUUGUUGACACAAUUCUUUACCGCCAAGUUGAAAUUGGAGAUGCGUACUUCAGGAAAUGGAGUAGCUGUCCAUGCUAAUAUAAACGAAAUAUCAGUAACUGGAAUAAAACAAUCCGGUUAUAAACCAAAGUUAAUGUCAUGCAAUCCCACCGAAGACGGUUCUUUAUGCGACGUGAUUUUUGAAGUAAAUCCGCUACAUUCUAAGUGUACCAAUAGAUUAUACGCAACCGUAAAACCAAUCAAAAUAAUUUAUGAUGCAAUGACAAUUAAUGGUAUAGUGGAUCUUUUCACAAUUCCCCGAUCUUCCACACUUCAACAAUUGUCAGAUGUAGCAACAUCAACUUUUGAUAACGUAAAAUACCAAUCAACAGCUAAACUUCAAUACGUUAUUGAUCAACACAGCCAAAUCGAAUUGGCAAUUGAUUUAUACGCUCCAUAUGUGAUUAUACCAUAUGGUGGAAUUUACACUGAAACUGAAAAUAUUAUAGCAAUUAAUUUGGGUCAUGCGAAAUUCUUUUCAGUUCAAACAGAUAAAUCUACCAUAAAAGAGAAGCAACAGAAAUUAACCCAAAAAGAAUUAAUAAGCGCUGUUAUUGAGGAGAGUUAUGAUAAAUUUUUAUUGGAAUUUUCCGAUCUUCAAGUCAUGGUAGUGCCUGGCGGUGAAAACUGGUUACAUAUAUUGAAAGAAUGUACAAAAACCAACUACCACAUUCUUUAUCCACUAAGUUUGAGCUUAGAAUUUCAUAUUUGUUUAAUUGAUUUUGAUCCAAGAUUACCAAAAUGUAAAAUACGCGGUGUUUUACCAUCUUUGUCAUUAAAUAUCACAGAUUUUCAAAUUGUUUUAACACUUGGGCUGAUUAAUAGUAUUCCUCUUCCCAAAACGGAAGAAACUUCUCCAGCUUCCAAGCAAGACUUACGACUUAGACGACCCAGUUCACAAACGCUUGAAUUCUUUGAUUUUAAUGACAAGGAAGUGCAAACUACCAGUGAAGAAGUCACUAAAGAAGUUUUACGAGACGUUGUUGGUCGUCAACAAUAUACUAAUUUGGAAGUUCUUUUUACAAUAAGCGAACUUUGCGUUAAUAUCAAACAUCAAGAAUAUUCUCACAGCCCAGUUGAAGAUGUAGCGAGGAUAUCUUUAGAAUCAUUGUCGGCCUCAGUUUUAGUCCAAACAUUCGCUCAAACUGUGAGCUUAAAAUUACAAAAUUUGAUUUUUGAUAAAUACCAUCAUAAUGAACAAGUUCCAUUAAUAGCUACCCCAGCUAUGUCUUUUGAUGACAACCUAUUAAAGGUUACAUUUUUAAAGGUUGAUAAAAAAUCGCCCGACUUUGCAACGACUUAUAAAAGUACUGAAGCUCUACUUUCUGUCGAUAUUGAAGUUAUACAAUUAAGAUUACACCAGGAAAUUUUACAUAGUUUAGUACAAUAUGUAAAUGAUUUACAAAUUCAACUUGAAGAAUUACAAAAACCAACAAAACCUAUGAGGUUGAAUUCCAGUUUAUCUUCUAUGAGGCAGGUUAAGAGAUCAAUAAGUGAAGUAAUUUCUCAAACAUCACAAGUGCAGAUUGCGCAGAAGAAAUCUAAAGCGGUGUUGUAUGGAUCAGACAGUCCCAAUAUAUUAUUUAAAGUUGAAGCAUUACUACAAGAAUUUCAAGUCAGUUUAACAUCUGAUUUUGGUGAUCUUACAUCUUUAACAGUAAAUCAUGUUAUGGCCCAAGUUGUUCUUAAAGAGCCAUAUACACAAGUUAGUGUGGUUAUGAAAAAUAUUGAAGUAAAGGAUUUAUCAUCACAAACUAAAUACAUCCAGAUUUUGAAAGUUUUAUCAGAUGAAGUAGUAAAUUUCAAUUUAUUUCUUUAUAACAAAGAAAUUGAUACAUCUCGACGUGAGGAUAUGGCUGUGUCUGUUUCUGUUGGUCACAUUCGAAUUGUAUUUCUUAAUCUCUAUGUAAGUAAAGUAUUGAGUUUCAUUAAUAAGUUUACGCAAGCCAGAGAAGCGAUAAUUGAGGCUUCUAAAGCAGCUGCUGAUAAAGCAAAACAGAAUGUAACCAAUAUUUAUGAAAAUGCGGUCCAAAUGUCGAUUAGGGUUACUUUAAAAGCACCCCAAGUACUUAUUCCCGAGAAUUCAAACAGUUUGGACGGUCUGAUUUGUGAUUUGGGUAAUUUAACGAUUCAAAAUACCUUUUUGGAGAUAAAUGUAAAAAAUGAAAAUACUGGAAGCAAUGCUAUUGUGGAUGAAAUGGAAUUAAAAUUGUCCGACAUACAACUAUCUAGGGUUGAGUGUAAUAAGCAAUUGGUAGUUAUCAACAGUAUAAUGAUUUUAGAACCUGUAAAUCUUGGUUUGACACUUAAGAGAAAUUUGUCGAGUUCUUGGUAUAAAGCUAUACCGGAUAUUCAAGUUAGUGGAUAUAUUGAUACGAUUGAGGUUGUGUUAGGACAAGCUGAUUACAGUACUAUUAUGAGUAUAGUUCUUGGAAAUUUAGGAGAAGUUGUUCAAGAGCCUGUUGUAGAAACAAAAACUCCUCUACAACCAAUAUCUGAAAUUAAGUCAACUAAUUAUGUAUUAUCAGUCGAGGCUGAAAGUGGACAAACACAAUCGGAAAAACCUGCAACUGAAGAAGAACCUACAUUGUUUCUCAAAUUUAGUCUUAUUAUGAAAAAAUUUAGUUUAAGGUUACUCGCUACUGAUGAUACUCUAAUGGAAACUCGGUCGUUUAAAGCUGUUCGUACCAACUUGGCGAUGUUGUCUUUGGAGGAUUUAUGUAUAAAAGGACGAAUGUUAACAGAUGGAGCCAUUCAUACAUCAGUGGUACUUAUUGAUUGUGUUAUAGAAGAUACCAGGAUUGGGAAAGAAGACAUGUUAAACAAAAUGUUUUCAAGAGCUUAUAAUACCGAUGUCGAUUCUGAAUCUUCUGGUUAUAAAAGUAUGAUUGAUGUUGUUUUCCAUCAGAGGAAAGAGCAAACUUACUUGGAUUUAAAAAUAUCAGGAUUCAAUCUGAUAUUAUCUAUGGAAUUUAUCUCAAAACUACAAAGUUUCGUUAUGUCGGCGUUUAGUGAUCAAAAUGCUGGUGGCGCUCCACCUGCAACAAAAGCUUCAUCAACACAAAAAGCGUCAUCUAAUAAAAGUACUUAUCCAGUUACAAAAUCAACCGUUCAAAUUGAAAAACCAUCUAAUCAAGUUGAAAAAUCAUCCAGUCAAAUUGAAAGAUCGAGUCAGAGUGAAUUAAAGCAUGUCCAAAAUACAACGAUUAAUAUCAAAUUGGACAAACCAGAUAUAGUUUUGGUGGAACAUCUAAAUAAUAUUAACACUAAUGCCCUUAUUUUCAAUUUUCAAUUGCUUUUCAAACUUCGUUUGAGCGAAAAUCGGCAAAUUAUAUCCGGAUUAGCCAAAGAUAUUCAAAUGUAUACAUGUUGUUAUAAUCCGGCAGAAAGAGAGGAAACAAAACAUCUUGUGUUGUUUCCAUUUACAGUUAAUAUUGCCGGUUCUACACCCGAAGGAAAAGGUUUACAUAUUGAGGUUUGUUUGACUGAAAUAUGUUUAAAAAUUUCACCAGCCACAAUCGAAUUAUUAAAUCGGGCGUAUACAUCGAUGUUUUUAAUUGAACAAAAUGUUCAAAUGGAGGUUGAUACCUUUAUUAACUUGCUUAGUUUAUGGGAUCCUGUGCCAUACAACGAAACACAUUAUUGGUUUUUUAAUACAGACGUCGCAGAAGAUGCCAUUGAAUACAUCGGUAGUGCACAAAACCAGGUUUCAGUCGGUGAGAGAAAACAUUUUGAAAUCUGUAUAGUUAGAUUACCUCGUAUUGUUAUAACCGUUGAAAUUGGAGAGGGCAAGGGUACACUUCCUGUACUAACAUUAGAAUCUAGUUUUGAAGGGCAUAUCCAAGAUUGGAGUGCUGACAUGUUGAUUGAUUCAACUAUGACCCUACAAAUGGCCUAUUACAACAGCUUCUUUGCUAUUUGGGAACCUUUAAUUGAACCUACUGCUUAUUCCCAAGACAACAACGUGGUGUAUAACCCUUGGGAACUAAAACUUGACGUUUGUGUGAACAAUGGCGGAGGUGAAGUUACUAGUCCGCAAUCAGAUUCCGAUCCAGAAGAACCUCUAAUAGUUGGUCAACCGAAGAUGUCUAUUAUAUUUUCAUCAAAAUCUAAUUUAGAUGUAACCAUAUCAAAGACCACAUUGGAGGUGUUAAUGAAUAUGAGUCAAGCCUUUUCUAAUGCGGUUAAUUUAACUAUAUUAAAACCACCGCAACGUGAUACUCCUCCAUACAAAAUUAUCAAUAGAUCUGGUUUAGCAGUGAAAAUUGAUUGUGAAAAGAGUAACUUUCAUGUUUACCAACAAGUAGCGGCAAAAGAUGUUAUUUUGGAGAAUGGAGCUGAAGUGGCUUUACAACUUAAAGAAAUUGAUAGAACAGAUUAUAGUUUAAAUGAAAUAUUUGGAAAUCUAAAUUUAAAUGUUCAUAAUAAAUUUCUUUACAUAACAGUGAUUCAAAUGGAAUGUGAAAUCGAGUUAAAUUUGACUAGAGCUGAUGCAAGAUAUUUUUCAUUAAACUAUCGGGAUAAUAAAGAUUCAUGGGGUAUAGUAAAAUCAACUUUAUUUGAAGAAAGUACUUAUAAAGUUAUCCUCAGUAGCAUCGUGAAGAUUUAUAAUCAUCUUCAUCUACCUCUUGAUGUUUACUACAUGACUCCAAAAGGAAAUGAAGUAGAAUGUAUCGGUUCUAUAGAACCAGAAGAAACAUUUCAUGUUCCUGUUAAUGCCGUUUAUACGCCCACAAGCGAAUUAUUUUUUUCUGUUCAAAAAUAUUCUGUAUCUAGCCAACCGUUUGUUUGGAAAGAUCUACAUUUGAUGAUAAAUCAAACUCAAAUGCUACAAUGUUCACCAAUGAAAAUUUUAGGUCAUUCAGAACCGUUUGUAAUCAAAGCAAUAAGCAGUAUUGAGCAAAUUUACAAUGAAAACACAACAAAACGUACCAUGAAUAGUAUUUUAUGUAACGUACAUAUUCAUCCUGCAGUAUUAUUCAGAAAUUGUCUUCCAUACAAUAUUUAUUUAACUGUACAAAAUGUUGAUGAAGAAUUUUUAAUUGAACCCGGUGACACUUUACCUGUUACAAAUGGAAUCCCCGGUGCUACAUAUUUAGUGCUUAGAAUUCCUAAUUACUUAGAUAAAGAAUGGACUUGUAUUAGAGACAUUCUAGCAAGUCCACCUCAGUUUUCUGUAUGGACAUUUGAUAGUUUUGAUAGUACACAAAAAGUCUCUUUAGAUUUGGGUGUUCACACGCUGGAAGAUGGAGGUCCGCUGUUAAUGACACUUUAUUGUCCAUUCUGGAUGUUAAACAAAUCUGAACUUAAUAUUGGCUAUAGGAAGAGUAAAAAAGUCGAGAAAAACGAAUCUUCUGGAAGUCCACAUAAGAAUUCCGAUGAAAAUUUUAACGUUCUUCACCAUCCAGCUAAUUUCAAAGGACCUAUACUGUUCUCUUUUAACGCGAAGAAUUUCUUUGGUAAGAAAAAGGCUGCAAUAAGAAUUGAAAAUGGUGGAGAAUGGUCUGAUAAAUUCUCAAUAGACGUUGCUGGAUCAUCAGGUGUUAUAACAUGUAAAUUUGAUGAUAAAAUUUAUCAGUUUGGUGUUAACAUCGAGCUUACUUAUAAUGGUUUAACAAAACAAGUUACAUUUACACCUUACUAUGUUCUUAUAAAUAACUCACCAUUCCCACUGGAAUGUCAAGAAAAUGAUCGGCCUGCAGAUCCAUGGACAGUUGUACAAGCUAAUAGUUGUGCUGGUUUAUGGCCUGUUGGUGAUUUUGAUGAUAAACUUUUACGAAUGCGAGUUGUUGGUACCAAAGAAGUAUCUCCACCAUUUUAUUUUUCUGAUAGUCAUAAUACUGUGCUUAAACUUGCUAAUAAGUAUGGUGGAAUUCACGUUGAUACACAAAUUACAGAAGGUGCCGUUUAUAUUACAUUUGCAAAAUAUCAAGCAGGCAUGGCACAGGCUCUUAUUAUUAAUAAUACAAGAAAUACGUUAAAUAUCUGGGAAAAAGAUACUGUUCAAUUACUUAAAUUAGAUCCGGGUUAUAAAAUGUUCUAUUCAUGGUCAAGUCCAUCGAAAGCAAGAGUUUUAUGUUGGGAGGCCGGCUACAAAAAAGAAAUUGAAGAUGAUUUAAGAAAAGACGGAUGUGGUGAUUAUGAUAUAGCUGAAAAUAAUCACGUUUAUUGGACGUCUUUCCUCGAUGGAAUGCAACGAACUCUCCUUUUUACCUGUAAUCCCGAUGUAGCUAGAAACGCGCAAUCAUCACAAAUCUUUGAAAAAAUCGAUCAGGAAGUUACUUUUUCAAUUUUCGGAAUCGGUCUUUCUUUGGUUAACAACGAUUUAAGACGGGAAAUAAUGUACGUUGCCAUCGCUAACAGUGGAAUUAUAUGGGAAACUUGCAAACACGGUUCGAAUCGUUAUAAACAGAUGGGACCUAAAGAAAGCGCAAUGAUGGAGACGUCUUAUGGACAGUAUAUGGCUUUGAAAGAAGUAGAAGAGAAUUUACAUGGAAGGAUGGUGGUCGAUGGGAAAACGGAAGUCAACUUUAGAACACUUCGAAUGUUAAGACCGCAUUUAAGAAAAAUUCGAAGAACAUUUUUGAAUGGAUUGUGGCUUCAAAUGACAACAAAUCCUUAUAUGUUACAGCUUCACGCUAAAAUUAAUAGGAUUCAAAUUGAUAAUCAAUCUUAUGAUUGUAUGUUCCCGGUUGUGUUAGCUCCUGUAUCAUUAGCUAAAAGUGUUGCUGGAACGCAAGUACAUAAACCGUUUGCCGAAUUAAGUAUAGUGCAGAUGUUAAUCAAACACAGCCAAAUAAAACAGUUUAAAUACUUUAAAUUGCUUAUACAAGAAUUUCACAUUAAUUUGGAAUUAGGAUUUGUUACCGCUAUCUCGGAAGUAUUUCAAACAUCUAAAGACACUUUAGAAAAACAGAAAAUAAGCUUUUUGCUUGAUACGGAAUUGGUCAAUAAGCCGUUAUAUCAACACGUUUCUCAACAAUCACUUCAAGAACAAAAAAGUUUUUAUGAUUUAUUACAUUUUUCACCAUUGAAAAUCCACGUGAGCUUUUCAUUGGGUAGUAGCGGACUUGAUAUGGCACCAAAUGUUGUUACUGUUUUGUUACAAUCUCUUGGUGUUACUUUGACUGAUAUGCAAGAUGUUGUAUUCAGAAUCGCUUAUUUUGAAAGAGAAUAUACAUUCUUAACCCAAAAGCAAUUAGUUGGUGAAGCUAUUAGUCAUUACAUUGGUCAGGCUGUAAAACAACUAUAUGCAUUAGUAUUAGGAUUAGAUGUUCUUGGAAAUCCUUACGGUUUAGUACUUGGGAUUACCAAAGGAGUUGAAGAUCUUUUUUACGAACCAUUCCAGGGAGCUAUUCAAGGUCCUGGAGAAUUUGCUGAAGGUCUUGCUCUAGGCGUUCGUAGUCUUUUCGGUCAUACAGUUGGUGGAGCAGCUGGUGCAGUAUCUCGAAUUACCGGUGCUAUGGGUAAAGGUGUUGCUGCAUUAACAUUCGAUAAAGAAUUCCAACGUAAACGACGAGAUGCUCUUAAUAGAAAAGCUACAAGUGUGUCUGAAGGAAUUGCAAGAUCUGGAAAAGGACUCGUCAUGGGAGUUUAUGAUGGGGUUACCGGCGUCAUCAAGAAACCCAUAUCUGGAGCUAAAGAGCAAGGUAUUGGAGGAUUCUUUAAAGGACUUGGAAAAGGAGCUGUGGGUUUAGUUGCCCGACCAACGUCUGGAGUCAUUGAUUUUGCAAGCAGUUCUCUAGAUACAGUUAAACGAGUAACUGAUUUAUCAUCACAAGAAGUACAUCGUUUACGCCCAAGUCGUUAUAUUUACUCUGACGGUUUUAUCAGACCUUAUAAUGAAAGAGAAGCGCAAGGAAGUAAAAUUCUUAGUGAAUUAGAAAAAGGAAAAUUUGGAUUAACUGAUUUGUAUCUUUAUCACAUUUAUAUUGUGGGUAACAAGGAAAUAUUAAUGCUUACAGAUCAAAGAUUAUUAUAUAUUGUUCAUAGUGAUAUAUUUGGUAUUUGGCAAGCUGAGUGGUCUUAUACAUGGGAUGAAAUCAGUAUGCCACCAAAAGUAGUACCAAAAGGUGUUUUAGUUAUGGCUGCGGAUCCAAAGAAGAAAAAAACCUUUUUUGCCCAUGCAGAUCAUGGCAAAACUAUACUUAUUGCCGAUCCAAACGUUUCUGAGAGGAUUUGCUCGAAAAUCAUUGAAGUACACAGUUCGCACAAUUCUUAAAAAUGUUUUUAACACAUAUAUCAGAUUGUCUAACACUUUCAUUUCUGAUGUUGCACCUUAAAGCGAUGAAACUUAACUACGCUUUUCAACAUCUGUUGCUUUAUUUUAAUAAAUGUUUAAUAUCCUAAUGGUCUACUACUGGGACUUAAUAUUUUAUUAAUUGUUUAUCUAUAUAAGCUGAAAUAACUUUAUAUUUGUUUGUUCUUCUAUAUUUGAAAGAUUUUAUGAAGGCCAAAUAAAAAUAUUUUGUUUUUA